AUGAGAAAAAUGUUGGAUCUUCACAUGUACAUCCAGGUGAACUUAUGUGCAGCGGUUCCAAACUCCAAUUAUAGUCUGGAAAUCAUGGUUCGCUCUAAUUCAGCUUUAUUGAUUACGUAUUCCCUUUCACAAUGGCCAGUGCCUUUUCAGUCUAUGAACUCUCCAUCUUUUUUUUGGGACAAAGCUGAGAGGUUAUAUGAAAGCUCAGUUGCAUACUAUGCCUAUAUAGCUUCCAAAAAAAACUAUGGCCUUCUUGCCACCGAGAUCCUAUCAUUCAAGGACUCCGACAGAGUUGUUACCGGCAGUGUAAGGGAUGUGGUGUUCGGUUGUGGUGAUAACAACCAUAAUUCAGUUCAUGGCAAAUUUGGUGAAAUACUAGGCCUUACUGCAACAGAUUUGUCAGUGGUCUCUCAGUUACAUUCCAUCACAAAACGAAAAUUCUCCUAUUGCUUAGGCAAUGCUAGUGAUCCAUCUUCUGAAGGUAAUCUGAUCAUUGGUGAAGAUGCACAUAUGAUCAAGCUUGUUGGCAUUAGAGUGGGCUUACAAUUUCUUGAUAUUCCAUCUAGGAAUGUGACCUUAGAUAGUGGCACCAUAUACACAUUUCUGCCACCAGAAGUAUAUGGUAAGCUAUUAGCUGCAAUAUCCCAGACAAUGAAAAGAUUCAAGGUCCAACCCAUUCCACCCAGAAGAAUAGGGCGGUUGUGCUACAUAGGAAGUAUUAGCAAGGAUUUAAAUGGGUUUUCGACUAUGACCAUUGGUUUUCUAGAAAAUGAUGAGCUGGUUUUAGAGAGAUGGAGUAUUUUCAUCCAACAUGAAUUUGCAAUAUUUUGCUUAGCUUUCCUUCCUAGCGGUGGUCCUAAUGAGCCAGGCAUUAUUGGUAGCAUGGCUUAG